UUUUAAUCUCUAGAGGUGGCGGGACUUCCUCUCUGUGGCAAUACAUCAGGCGGGACUUCCUGUUUCGGGCUCUGAAGGGGCGGGACUUCCUGUGCUCCCACCUGCAGGUGAUCGUGGGGGCGGACGGUUCCUGCGGGCUCCUCUACGACCCGGAAGUCCUCGACGGCGCCAUCGCCGCCGAGAUGGCCGACCACGCGCUCGCCUUCUGCCGAAGCCCCGCCCCUGAGCCCGCCCCCGGGAUGGCGGUGCCCCGCCCCCAGCGCCUCCGCUUCUGCAUCGGGCCGGAAGUGGGACCGGAAGUGCAGAGAGCGCGGAGACACCUGGACAGGUGAUUAAUUAAGAGGCUCUAAUUGGUCAUUAGUGCCGG